CAAAUCUGCCGAAGUCCGGAGGCUGCCAUGGGGCUUCUGGAUCUGAUGAGAGUGCUGAUCGAGCCCAGGCAGCUGGGAGCAAGGCCACUGGCUCCCAGCUUGCUUCAUGCCUUUGCGGCAAUCGUCUCAACCUUGCAAUGUGCCUUUGAAAGGCAUGCCUUGCAAAGGCUAAGCGAUGAGUCAACUGUUUCAGGGAUUUGUUCGAAGCUGACGGAGCUGGCAGACGCCAUCCGCUUCGACAAGCUUGAGCGCCCUGCGGAGAGCAAAGGCAUCUCCAUCACCUGGCCAGAAACCUUGCCUGGAACACAGCCUCUACCGGCUCAAGAG